AUGGUUCGAGAUACGACUGCUAAUGCUGGGUUUGUAUAUUCUUUGCAAGAUAAGAAUGUCGCUGCUGCGCCAGAACAAACCUUCACGGAAAUUACAUCGCUUGAAAAUAACCAAGAACUGGAUUUAGCAGGCAAUCCAUCUACUUAUGAGGGUGUCGAUGGCGACGAUGGAGACGAAGUCGAAGAAGUGCUUCGUCUCCCUAGUUUCGAUGUCGAUACUAUCAACGAGCUCGAUUUUCUAUUCCAAGUAUCCGAGAUACCAAUCGACCAAGGAUUUCUUCAACAGGACCAGGAAUCUGGUUUGACCAUCUACGAUGCACGACCACUUUCCAUUGAUCCAAUGUCAACCUUGGGUCCACUGGAACGAUCUCUCCUCAACCACUAUAUCAAUCAAGCCGUGCGCAUCACAUCUACAAGCGCAUAUACUGCCGACGAGAUAUGUCGAUUCAUCAUACCUCGCUGCAUGGAAGCUCCUUCACUAUUAUACGCUACCAUGGCGUGGUCCGCAGUUCACCUAAGAGCUGUCGGCGGCUUGAUGGAUAAACCUAAUGACCUGGUACUGGAUCUACAGCUUCGCAGUAUUAGGCAUCUUCAAUCAGAAUUAGAGGGGCUUACACCCUCAUCCCACUCUGUCACAUUGGCUACGACUCGCACGUUGUGCCAGACACAAAUAUUUGCAGGCGAGCACAAAUGGAGAACGCAUCUGACAGGUGCAAAGGCAGUCAUGGAAGCAGUCAUUGGUCGGGUGCAGAGGGCUUCCAGCUCCUCUAUCACUUCGAACUCGAUGCCAAGGAUUACCUCUAAAGAUAAGGAAGCCGUAGCUGAUGCUGGUGACUUCUUGAACAGCUGGUAUGACAACAUAGAGGCACUCUCGUCGUUGAUGCCAACAGGCUCUUCACGCCACCAACUCGAAUAUACAGACCAGACACCGACUAUCACGAGUUUCACAGCUUUCGCCAAUGCUGAUUCUAUUUUUUUCGAUCACUUUGGGGGACUUGCAUCCGAUAUUCCAGCACUUCUUCGUCAUGUCGCUAUCAUGGUGAGGGAACGUCGCCAGCUAGCAUCUUCUCAGAGCGGUUACAUUGAGCCGUCGAGGCUUGAAGUUUUAGACCAUUUCCCUUACGAGGCCACAAAUACGUCCUUUGCAUCAGAGAUCGAUCUGUUCACUGCAGUUGAUCAGUUGGAAAUGGCCAUCAUACAUCGUUUGGCAAGCCCAAUGCCUUCACGAUUAAGCAAUGGCACCGUUCUCUCCGAUGUCUUCUCUGAAAGCGAGAUGCGCGAUUACGAGAACUCGAACAGGGCGUUCUUGCACACUGCCCUUCUCCACCUUCGAUGCAGCGUUCGGCAGUUCCCGAUAUGUUCUUAUGAAGUACAGUCUUGCGUCGAUGCAAUCGUCGAGUGUGCAGACGGAAUGACACCAACCACCUGGAAAGGUGGUGAUGGUGGCCUCUCGCCACGUGUGUUGUUCCUCACUCCUUUGUUCACUGCCGGAUGUAGAGCGGUCGGUCAAGAGAUGAGAGACAGAGUGCGAGCGGCUUUGAGCGACAUCCAGAAAUGGAUGAGGACUCCGCACACGGAUCAAGCGGUUGGACUAUUGGAGGCGGUGUGGGCGAAUGGAGAUGAUAUUAGUGAGGAAAUGAUUCUGGAAACUCUCGAACAAUAUGGUCCGGACUUCAUGCCCUACUGA